AUGGACGAGGGUCUGAAAUUGCUGAAGGCAUCAUUGGAAUCCAAUGCAGUUCUCACCAAUGUGUUCCUUUGUGGGCAGUUAACACCAUAUCCUUUUCAGCCCAUUGAAGUUCCUUUGUGGAUGAUUUCAAGGCUUACACUGAAAUCUGUUUUAGAACAUUUGGAGACAGGGUAA